AAUCCCCGCCAGGCCCGGUGGUCCCUGUUCCUUACCAGGUUUGACUUUUGUAUCACUUUUCGCCCGGGCUCACUCAAUGGUAAACCUGAUGCCUUGUCGAGGAUGUUCUCUCCUCCUACAGAAGACACUCCCCCAGAGACUAUCCUUCCUCAGUCCCGGAUUUUGGGUGCAGUACAGUGGGAGGUGGAGAGACGGGUGUCGGAGGCUAUCAGGGACUCCCCAUCCCCAGCUGGAUGUCCUCCUGGUCGCCUUUUUGUACAGAGAACCCUCCGUCCAGAGGUCUUGUCGUGGGCUCACACCUCGAAGAUUGCUUGCCACCCAGGUGCCAGACGCACUGAGUUCCUGCUCACUCAGCGGUUCUGGUGGCCUACCGUUCACACUGACACUAGGAAGUUUGUGGCUGCAUGCCCCGUCUGCGCCAGAAGCAAGGCUUCCCAUCAGGCUCCUGCGGGGUUGCUGCAGCCCCUUCCCAUCCCCUCACGUCCAUGACUUCCCUCCUCCCUGGAGACCGCCAAGCUUCUGGUCAACCAUGUGGUUCGACUUCAUGGGAUCCCCAUGGAUGUGGUGUCAGACAGAGGUCCUCAGUUUUCAUCCGCUACAUGGAGAGCUUUCUGCAACUUCCAAACGGAACCAGACCAUGGCUAAUCGCCAUCGCAGACCAUCUCCCAACUACAAACCCGGCCAGAGGGUUUGGUUAUCAUCAAAAGACAUUACACUAUCAGGAGAGUCGAGGAAACUGGCACCUAGAUUCAUCGGACCAUACGAGGUGGAGCGGAUGAUAACUCCCGUCACAGCUCGACUCAAGCCCGUCGAGUCGAGCGACCUUAGUCCUCCACCUGUGUCUCCCCCUGCUCCUCAGCAAGUGGAGCCUUCACUGUCAACACCAUUCUGGAUGCUAGGAGGCGAGGCAGGGGGGUGCAGUUUCUGA